GAACUUAUUGAGUACUAGAUGGCCACCCACUAAAAAAAUUGAAAUUACAUGACUCAAAUAUAGAUUUUAUAACUUCAAAGUGCCAAGUAGAAGACAUCCUAAAAGUUGAGGUGCCAAAUGUCUUCUUCUCCUCUUCUCUCUCCCACACUCCACAUUUUUGUUUCUUCUCAUUUCAACUCAUCCUUCGUCCCGAGAAGAACCCACCAAAAAGGGAAGAAAAAAUCCGCCUCCUGCAAAUUCUAAUUCUCAAAUUUCCACCCAAACACUUCUCUCGCCAUUAGAGCUCAGCUCCCAUUUCCAGAGAAACCCAUCAAACCCAACCAUGAAAAUUUCUCCCCUUGUCCUGCUACUAACCCUCGCCGCCGCUCUCUUCCAACUACUUCCGCCGGCGGCCGGCCGGCAGAACUACUCCGGCCUCUCGUCCCUCAAUUGCGCCGCCUCCGACGAACUUGCCCCGUCCCCGGCGUUUCUCUACACCUGCAACGGCCUCAACCGUUCCUGCCAAUCGUUCCUCAUCUUUCGAUCCACUCUCGAUUACAGCUCCCCUGCCGAAAUCGCCGAGCUGACGUCAUCCGACUCCGCGAGAAUCGCCGAAAUCAACGCCGCCGACGAUCCCUCCUCGGGAUUCGAGCUGGGGAAAGACGUGAUCGUUCCCGUCACCUGCUCGUGCUCCGGCGACGGCGAACGAUACUACAGGGCAAACACGAGCUUCACCGUGACGAGGGCCGCGGGGACUUACUAUGUCGCGUCGACGGUUUUAUUCGACGGGCUGGCGACCUGCGCGGCGAUCAGGCGCGGGAACCCAAUUCCCGACCGCGAAUUGAAACCCGGAAUGAAAAUCCAGGUCCCCCUCCGGUGCGCCUGCCCGUCGGCGGAUGAGGUCUCCGGCGGGGUAAUUUACCUGCUCACAUACCCGAUUAGCUCCGACGACAGCUUGCCUGAUCUGGCAAGGCGGUUCAAUGUCACGCCGGAGAGAAUCCUCGACGCCAACGGUCUAACCGGAGACCCGAAAUUGGUUCCGGGUACCACAAUUCUGAUUCCCCUCUCAGGACUUCCCCUGAGCUCAAUGAGUAAAGUCCACAGCAAGGUUGCUCAAAUUGUACCUCCGCCGCGGCCCACAAAGUCCACCGGCGGAGGAGCUCCGAAAUCGAAGGCGAAAGCACUCGAGCUGGCGGGCCUCGCCGCGGCCUGCUUCCUGCUCCUAGUCAGCAUCGCCGUGGCGGUGAUUUGUCUGAUUCAGGGGGAAAGGAAGAGGAAAAGCUACGUCUGCGAGAUGAGGAAGGAGAGAGUGAAGCAGGAUCUUCGAGUCGAGAUAGCGAGCUGCGAGCGAGCUCUGAAGGUGUUUGGGAUCGAGGAAGUGAACAAGGCAACUGGGAAAUUCAGCCCCGGGAAGAGAAUCAAGGGCUCUGUUUAUUCAGGGGAGUUCGGAGACAGAGUACUGGCGGUGAAGAAGAUGAGCAGGGAGAUCGAUAUAUCGCAGGAGGUAAACAUUCUGAUGAAGAUCAAUCAUUUCAAUGUGAUCAACCUCUAUGGCGUUUGCGACGAUGGGCAGAGCUUGUACUUGGUCUCCGAGUACAUGGAAUUCGGAUGUCUGAAAGACUGGCUCAAGAGGGGAAGAAAGGGUGGAGAAGAAAGCGGAAUUGGAUGGGAGAUUAGGGUUCAGAUCGGUCUUGAUGUCGCCAACGGACUUUACUAUCUCCAUAACUUCACCAAGCCUGCGUAUGUUCAUCAGGACAUUAAGACGAGCAAUGUUCUGCUGAACAGUAACCUGAGGGCCAAGAUCACGAACUUCAGCCUGGCGAGGUCGGCGGCUAGGGACACUAAUGUCACGGUGCAUUUGGUAGGGACGCGAGGGUACAUGGCGCCGGAGUACGUGGAGACCGGGGAGAUCACACCGAAGAUCGAUGUCUACGCGUUUGGGGUCGUGUUGCUGGAGCUGAUCACGGGGAAGGAAGCUGUGUUGGUGGCAAGGAAUGGGAAGGAGACUCUGCUUUCGACGACGGUGGUUUCUCUGGCGGAGAAAGGUGGGUUGGAGGAAGCUUUAACGUCGUACGUUGAUUCAGGUAUGGGAGAAACUCGGGUGGAGAUGGCACUGCCUCUGUUCAGGUUGAGUUUGGCCUGUUUGAGACGGGAAUCGGAGACUAGGCCCAAUAUGGAGGAGGUGGUCUCGAGUCUGGUGAAGAUUCUGACGGAUUUGAGAAGGUUGAGAUCGGAGUUUGGUGACGAUUCAAGUACCGAUCGAUCGGUGAUCCCUCUCCGGCGUGCCUCGAGGAAUGAGAACGAUUGGAGUGUCGAAACUGCCUCAUGGUAAAUGAUCUGUGUAAUAAUAAUGUCUGAGAGAAAAAUCAAUUGUAUCUUUUGGGGAAAAAAACUAUAUGUUUAUGUGUAUACGUCAAUGUAACUAAGAAUUAUAUGUCAUUGAUAUAACUAAUAAAACUUCAAAAGUUUGUGUGAAGAUAUUUUAGUCAUUAUCAUACUACAAUUAUAUUUAGAAAAUGACAAUGAAUUGAUUUAUUGGAU